GAGAGACUGAGAGAGAGGGAGAGACUUUGAGCUCAUCGUCAUCGUCGUUGGUGGUCGGGCUGAGUUGGUGCAGAACACGCUCACUGGACGGCAGCCGGCUCGACGGGGGCCACGUGAGAGCGAGGCGGUGUGCGGCGCGUGUAUGCGGCGUGGUGUGUGGGAUUCAAGGUUGCAUUUGUAGUCAGCUUGCAAUAUGGAUGAGUAUCAGCUUUCGGCCGAUGGGCUCGUCGAGCUCAAGAAGCGUUGCAUCGAGCGGUUGUCUGCUUCGGAGGAAACCUCCUACAUUGCCAAUGACUUGGGUGAAUACGUUUGCAUGCUCUUGCAGCAUCGUCGCCCGCAGGAGAUGGUGCGAGAUGAGGUAGCUCAGUUUCUCAAUGAACAGGACCAAACCUGGUUCCUCAAGUGGCUAAACGAACAGGUGCAGGACAUUUAUGAGACAGAGGAAUUGACUCUUGGCAAUGACAGCGUGGCCGAUAUCAUCGAGGAGCCUGAUGCGCACCCCGAGCCCGACCGCGAAGAGCGAGCAAAGCACGCACGCAAGGCCACUGAGGCUUUUCAAAACUCGAGGCUUCCAAAGCCGAGCCAGGUGGUCAUGACCGGCGUCGAGGAGCUGGGCCAUCAUCCCACGAGCGCCAGCAUCCUGCCCGUGGCCAAGGUGAUUUGCGUCAAACGUUGCAGCGAGAUCACCGUGUUCCCGAGUACCGGGAGCGUCAACCCCGUGCACAUCAAGAUCGUGAAUAUGCAAGCGGCGCUGAUGCGACCAGUGUCUCUGGCGGGGACCAACCCGCCAAAAAGCGCAAGUCAAUCUUCGACUGGAGCCAUCUGGCACGGAUGUGCGGACAAGCAUGCUUCCCCCAGCUCGGGAAAUGGCCCCUACGUCCAGCAUGCCGACGUUUCCUUCUGGCGUGAAAUGAUCCCUGUGGAUGCUGCAACAGGCCUGCCCAUCAAUAUGGGGUAUGCAGCAACUCUAGCUGCUGGUCGAGGUCGCGGCCGUGGCCGUGGCCGUGGCCGUGGCGCGCCGCGGGGCCGGGGUGGUGCAUAUGGCACGGGAUCUGCUCCCUCAGGCGUGGCCUCAGUGAUGUGCCGCUACUUUCCAGCGUGCAAAAACCCACGCUGCCCCUUCUUCCAUCCAAAGCCUUGCCGACACGGUGCCGACUGCUACAGCAAGGGCAAGGGGUGUCCUUUCUUCCAUCCUGGCGACAAGGUGGCCGGUAUGAGCGAGGGCACAUCAACCAGCUCGCGCCAAUUCGCUGCCGCAGACAACGGGGACUCGGAGACAACGGGCGAGGCAGACAUCAACUUGGAUGAGCUGGACGCUCACAAGAUUGAGACACCGGUCGAGGACGCCACUGCCCAGGCUUAGAAACACCAGGGUUAUUCAUGUGCUGGGAUCAUUGUGCCACGCUUGUUUUUGGCGGUCAUGCAAGUUGUUAGGAAGCUGCGUGUCCUUCCUUCACCACUAAUUCAUGAUCUUCCACCUUGACUCGCAAACGACCGAGAGGUACAGGGUUGACGUUUUUUGACAGCC